AUGAAAGAACAGUUUUUUUCCGAUGAAGAACGCGAGCAGAAAAGGCUUGAAGUAAAGGACCGUUUCAUCAACAAGAAGUAUUUACCUAAACCAAAGAUCUAUGAUUCAUUAAAUCCAUGGUUGAAGCAUUUGUAUUUGGCCUACGGAGUUACUACCUCAAAAGACCUUAAAGAAACCUCGUCUUGGAAGGAAAUACCUUGUCCUCCUCCGUUGGACGAAAAUGAGCCGUUGGAAAAAAGAGUAGACCAGACGAUGGACAUGACUGAGAAACUUCUUUCCAUUGUCCAAAGUGAACUGUUGGCGAAACAUGCUGAAUCCGACAAAAUGAGGGCGUUUUUGAUAAAUGAGGUGGAUAAAAAUAUGAACAAGAAGACAAACGGAAAGAAACAUCCAAAGAAAAGUAAGAACAAAGGGCGUGGAACAGUGCGUUCAACCUCAAAUACGGUCCAAACAUCAACAACAAACGCUGAUGCUUCUCAAAAAGCAAGUGUAAAUGACACUCCUUCAAGUUGUCCUUUAACAAACAGAGACGUUCAAGAGGGUAAACCAGGUUCAAGCCUUGAUGGAAAAACUUUUUGGGUAGAGAAAAGCAACGAAAGCGAAGAAGGAGAGGAAGACAAUCGAAUAGUUGAUUACAAGAACAUUUCAAAUCAAAAAGAAGCGGAAGAACCUCCUCUUUUUACCAAUGCUGUGUUUGGUUCAGAAUCUCAUGAUUUAAAGUCUCUGAUUUUGUUGAAAUUUGAUGAAUUAGAGAACAAGAUUAUCACUUUAGAGAAAAAGAUUGAUAAUGUUCAAUACACAUUAGAGGAAAAGAUUGAUACUGUUAACAACAAAAUUGAUCAUCUUGUAGGAGCAAAUUAUGAAAACUACAUUAGACUCAACAUCAUUCGCAAAUUUGACAUUCCAUUCCAAAGAUUCUUCAGUCCUUUAAAAUUGUUGAGAAAAGACUAUGGCUUGGAGUUUCAUAAUGCACAGGUUGAGCUUGAGAAGAGAAACUGGAACGACAAAGUAACACUUCUGACUGAUCAGCUCUCAAGUGAUCCACCGUCUAUUGAAUUUAAUUUUGUAGGAGAGAGAGAAGAUGAAAAUAUAAUCAUCGAGGCUACAGGGCAAAAAAUCACUAAAGAGGAAGUGUGGAAGAAAAAGUUUCUCCAAUUGGAACGUCAACUCACUUUCUAUCAGCAUUGCAAGAAAACAUCUGUACACAGAGCUGUUUUAAUUUCUCCUUGGGAUUGGAAAGAGGUCGAUUUUGCAAAGUGUGUUAAAAAUUUCAAAACCAUGAUUCCAUUAUUAGAAGCACUGCACAGUCAGAACAAAUUUUGCUAUGAACAAAUGAAUGACUAUCAUGAAAUUUAG